GGCUCCGACGCGACUUGGACACGACCAGCUCGCUGACGACCUACGUCGCUCCGAAUCAUCGCAAGUCGUUGGACUCUCCGUACGCUCUUUACGUCCCGGGCGCGUCCCACAUAAUCUCCUGCUGAAUCUAGGGGCUCAUGUCGCUUCCGCCGAUUCUAUACCACUACUUUCAGCUGCCUCUUCCAUAUGCGCGCACCUUGGCUCUUCAGGAACGAAUACACCAGAUCCAGCUUCUACGCCGGCGCUCCGGCCAGCACCAGGACUACCUACUUCUGCUCCAACACCGCCCCGUCUACACCGCGGGGCGGAGGCAGCUGCUCACAUCGCCAGAAGUCGAAGCUGAAGCCGCCCGGUUAACGCACAUUGGCGCGGACUUCGUGGCGACCAAACGCGGCGGUCAGACCACCUACCACGGCCCCGGACAGAUCGUCGGAUAUCCGCUACUCGAUCUCGGACGCUCGACCCCGCCCCUUGGCAUACGCGAAUAUAUCUGCAAAAUGCAAAAAACGAUCGAGAUGCAUCUUGCGGAGGCCCACGGAAUGCAGCACGCGCCAAGCGAGCACACCGGUGUAUUCCUGGAUGCACAGACCAAGAUCGCCAGCAUUGGUGUGCAGGUGAGGCAUAGACUGACGACGCACGGGUUCGCCAUGAACGUCACCCGGGAACCUCGGGGAUGGUUCGACCAAAUCAUCGCGUGCGGGCUGGCGGACGUGAAGGCGGGAUGCAUCGCCGACGCCUCCGCCAUUGUGGACCUGAGCAGUGUCUCCGUAGUUGGGGAGAUAGACGGGCUUGUGAAGAGGUUCGGAAGCCUAUUUGAGCGGGACAUGAUGAAACUGGACAUGAGUGCGGGGGAAGAGGUCGUCGAUGCGAUCCGUGCUGUGGAAGAGGAAGCUCGGUUGCUGGGAGACUGGGCCCGCGUACCGGCAGCGCAGAUACUAUGAACUGCGCUUCUAGAGGGAACGACUAUCGUGGACGUGCAGUAUGCUAAGCCGGCUGCUGCACACAAGUCCAUUUGAACAUGAUGACUUGAGCAUUACUACAGCCAUGCGAUGCAUCCCG